AUGGAGGGAGUCCCGGACUUGAGUGCCCUACUGAAGGGGAAGCUACAGUUUCUCUCGAAGAAGCCAUCUAGUGCUGCUACUUCGGGAACGGUCGAGCCUAGCCCGGCCAACGAGAAUGUAAAUGUGGAGCCGUCCGCUCCACGUCCAAAAACGAAGACGACUAAGAAAACAAAGGCGAAGAAAACUGCCGCUGAAGGGCAUCAAUCUGCGCCCCUUGAUGAGAACGCUUCUCUCGAAGGAGCCCCGUCGUCCGCCCAAGCUUUUAAAGAUUCGAGGAAGAAGAAGAAGAAGGGAGGAAAGAAGAGAUCUCGGGAGGAGUCUGCUGGGGAGCGAGAAGGUAAUGCUGAUGGCCCUUCGAAGACUUGUCCAAAUGAGGAAGUGCCCGAAGGACGGCCUAAAAAGAAGGCGAGCAGCAGAUCUGUCGAGAAUAAGGCACAUACGUCUGUCGAUGGGGCCCUUUCUAGCGAUAAUGCAAGGGGAGGGAGCCCUUCUUCCGAAACCCCCUCCGAGAAAAGAAAGAGGGCCUCGGCGUCUGGAGGUGAACCUUGGAGCGAGUCGGCUGCGAGUGAGAGGGCUAAUUCUGCUGCGAGUGAAAGGAUUACUCCUGUCUCGGCAGCGAGAGGAGGUUCUCAGUCUGGAGGUUCGCUCGCAAAGAGGGCGAGGGUUGAGUUCCCAGACCGCGUGCAGUUCUCGUACGAGGAGAAGACUCUCCUGGUCUUUAACCCCUCCAAUGCGCAGAGCUGA